GCUGGCGCGCUGUUCCACUCAGGGCAUGUGUGUGGAUGGGGGCGUUCAGCUCCGGGAGUCCUUCUUCAGUCGGCAGCCGCUGAGGUCAUAGCAGGACUGGGUGAACCACGAGGAGCAGAGACGGCUCCAGAGGUUAAAGCCUUCCACUCACGCCGGCCGUCCUGCUUCGGCUACAACAAGAUGCCGACAAAAGAGGAGCUGCCAAGUCGUUGACAGAGCGCCACGAUGACACACGAGACCCUCUCGAGCUCCCAGCUGUCCGUCAAGGCUGCUGCCCUGCGCAUGGUCGACCUGCCGAUGUCCGUCUGCGCCUCUCUGGCACAGGUGAAUGUCAGCCCAGGCACCAAGAAGCUCGUGGCCGCCGCCGCCUUCGGCGCCGUGUCGCUCCUGUUCCUCGCCCGCCGCUUCCAGAGGAGGAAGGGCAGGAAGAAGGCUCACAUGCCCCAGUGGGAGCAGGAAGGUUUCGAGUUUUACUCCCGGAACACGGCGGAGAACGAUAACACCAGCCAAAACAUAAGUGUCACCCUCGACUCCAUGAACGAGAACCGCUCCGGUCUGGGUCUCCUCACAGGAGAAGACAGGAACCGGUCCGGGUCUCUGCUGAGCCUGGCUUCGGUAAAGAGCAUGAACUCGUCCAGCAGCAGCACCUGCGCUAACGAAUCCAGCUGUUGGGACCGGGUGGGCGACGUCGACACGUGCGGUGGGAUACCAGUCACCACCCCUGAGAACCUGUACCUCAUGGGUAUGGAUUUAUUUGAGGAGGCUCUGCGGCGGUGGGAGGAGGCGCUGACGUUCAGGGGGAAGCAGGCUGAGGACGAGGAGAGCUGUGAAUCUGUUAAGACGGGAGCUGGAGACGCCAUCGCUGAGCAAGGCAUGGAGGACGUCAUCAGUGCAGAGUUCAUCCACAGGCUCAGGUCUCUGCUGCAGAGAGCCUACCACCUCCAGGAGGAGUUUGAGGGGGUGUUGGGUGUGUCGGAGCCCUCGUCCCACUGCAGCAGCCAGGAUAAGAUGGCCGACAUCCUGGCCAGAGAGGAGCUGGACGACGGCUGCCUCAGAGACAGCAUCAGCAUCGCCUCCAACGACUCUUUCGUCUCUGCUGCCGAGCUGUCAGAGCACAGAGAGCUGAGGAGCGCUUAUGUCCUGGGUCACUCCCCUUUCUACGAGGAGGCGCUGCAGAUGGCCGAGGAGGGAAAGAUCUCCUGCAGGGUGCUACGGACGGAGACGCUAGAGUGUCUCGGGGACUUGGACUUCCUGGCCAAGCUGCACUGUGUACGGCAGGCGUGUCAGCUCAUUCUGUCUGAGAGGACGACCAGGGUGUUUCUGACGGACACGGGAAAGAAAAUACUGUCUUCCAUUAUCGUUAAAGCACACAAGAGCCCAAAGAGAUUUGAGGAAGUGUUUGAAGAGAUGAUUUCCUUCCUGGACCACACGGAGCACUGGGAAGAAACCGAGGUGGAGCUGGCCACACGAGGGGUGAGACACUUGAACUUCUAUGACAUUGUGCUGGACUUCAUCCUCAUGGACUCCUUCGAGGACCUGGAGAACCCGCCCGUCUCCAUCCAGAACGUCAUCAACAACCGGUGGCUCAACAGCUCCUUCAAAGAGACUGCGGUGGCGUCCAGCUGUUGGUCAGUGCUGAAGCAGAAGAGACAACACAUGAAGGUGCCAGACGGUUUCAUCGCCCAUUUCUACGCCGUGUGUGAGCAGAUCAGUCCGGCUCUGGCCUGGGGCUUCCUGGGUCCGAAGAACUCCCUGCACGACUUCUGCUGCUUCUUCAAGGACCAGGUGCUCCACUUCCUGAAGGACAUUUUUGACCUGGACAAAGUGCGCUACUCCUCGGUGGAGAGCCUGGCGGAGGACAUGCUCCACCUGCUGCACCGCCGCUCUGAGCUGCUGCUGGCGUACCUGGGGGCCGACAGCCUGCACCACCUCAACGGCUGCGGCCCCCCCCCGCAGGUGCAGCUGACGCCCAACGCUCUGUUCGAGGCGAGAGUGCAGUGAGGGAUGGAACAAAAAAUUAUAAAAAGAAAAGAAGGAGCAUUUACACCGAAGGGCGAGUUCACACCGACCGACGGACCAAAGAAAAUAAGCCGCAGGUGUGAGCGCGCCUCCGGUUUCUGAAAUCCACUCAUCUGCCAUCACACCCGCAUGCUCUCUGUGUGUCCGUGGAUGUGGGUGAAGUGUACCAGCCGUCUGCCUUCACGUGGCCUCCUCCCCUCGUCACCGUGCCAUGGUAGCGUUACUUUAACACAUCAUAGCAAUAAUGUUUGUAAUUUAAAAGUCCUCAUGCAGUAGACGCUGAGCUGUGGGAAUUCAGGGCGUAUUUAUUGCUAUAAUAAUAAUAAGGAGCCGUUUUAUUAGCGACAAAGGUAUUUUACCAUAUUUAUUUUAUCACACACCUAAAUGAAGCAGGGUUCAUUUCAGUAGCUGUGCACCCGAGGGUUCGUGAUGAGCUUUUUAUUAUCCGCCGCCUACUGAACAUCAGCAAUGCAAUUAAAUGUUGUUUGUGUAUUUAAGCACACGCUGCCCGUCGAGCGAGAGACUCAGUUUAAAGAGUUUAAAAGGAACUUUAAAAAAAAAAAAAAAAGGGAAAGUUGUUAUUGAAAUAGCACCGGGGCUGUGUUUAAAUCCAGCCUUCGAAAUAAAAUGGAUGGACUGGGAAACCUUCCGGAUGUUAAAACAACUUUUUUUCAGUUUCCGGGCAUUAAAAUGCAAGAAAAGCCUUAUUACUAUUAAACAUACUCGAGCCUUGUCUUUGUCACUGAAUGUCAGUCAGAGUCUGUGUUUUAGCAUCACUUGAAAGAUAAAACACUAGUUAUAUAUAUACAUAUAUACACACACACACACACAAAAACAGUGGCUGCUGCAGAACUAGAACGUCUCACAUUAUAUCAAGACUGUCUUAAAACAAUUCACCUACGUGUGUUGAUCCACAGAAGGAAAGAAAAAAAACAGGAUCAUUGGAGAAAAAUAUUACUGUGGCCUCCUGGAACUCGUAUUGAUCAUCGUUUAUUAGCCUAAACGGUUAACCCCCCGAGACCUGAGCUUUUAUUUUGGUUUGCAUUUCUCAUUUCUCCAAGGUAUUUGUGGCAGGAAGUCGGUUUUG